AUGAGCACCGCGACAGGUGAUGCCCCUCAAAGCGAAGUUACACGUCAGAGCCCAACAAAUGAUCCAAAUAAGAUAAUGGUACUUUUCAAAGCUGUCGGAGAUGCACCCGUUUUGGCUAAAAAAAGGCUUGCUAUUGACAGGUCGCAAACCGUUGCAUCUCUGGUAAAUUAUCUUCGUAAGAAACUUCGCAUGGGUCCCAACGAAAAUAUGUUUGUCUUUGUUUCCUCAAGUUUUACUCCUUCUCUUGAUACCGAUCUCGGUACAAUUUUUGAUUGCUUUUCCACUGAUGGAAUACUUUUUAUUCAGUAUUGUACUACCAUAGCUUGGGGUAAAAGUCUUUUGAGAGACUUUCUCUAUCCUGCUAUAAGUAUCUGUCUUCUGCAGUUAAAAGCUUAUCCUAAUGAAGCUUUUAAAUCAGCAUAUGUAUUUGGAACCCCUGUUAAGGUCCUUAGAGUUCAGAGUGUGCGUUCAUAUGUGACGAGGAUUCUUGACUCCUUGCAAUUAUCCGUUGCAGGACAGCAAGAGAUUGUUCUUCGUUAUCGUUGUUCCGAUAAUGAAGAUUACUCCGAUAUUGUUUUUCGUUUUCAGUCAACGACUUUAUCCUCAGAUGAAGACAUUAAAGCAGACAAGUGGAAAGAGGAAUUUGGGUUGGUACUUGGUAAGCUGUGGAUCCGACCUCCUCCUAUUUCUGCAAGCAGUAGCUUAUCAUGGGCUCUUCUGGUUCGAAAUUGGUUUCAAUCUGAUACACAGUUCUCCUUCAGAGACCUUUUUGACACAGAAAUGCAAACUUCUUCCUCACGAACAUGUCUACCCGUCUAUUCAAUGAAUCGAUACAGCCUUAAUCUUCAGGUUCUUUACAUCUUCCCCAAGUUGCAACCUAACUGA